UUCGGAUGCAUUUGACCAGUGCACGCAACAUGGAGGACGGUGUGUAAACAGAAGCGAUGGACGCGGCUUAAACGUUCAUUUUCAAAGAAACUCCGCUGCUCUCUGAUCGCAUGAAGCCGUGAAGGUGGAGGUCUUCGGGGUCUGACUGGUCUGAAAUCAGCGGGGUAACAUGCUUCCUGUCCGGCAGCUCCUGCGGCUCCGGCCUGCGGUUGCUGUCAGCUGUGCCACUGGGCAGAGGAUCCAUAAACUGGCCUCUGUGCAGAAGGUCACAUCACUUACCCCAAAGAAGUUGCAUAGCUUGCUGUAUCCCUUCAGCGAGCUGGAGGCUUACCUGGACAGGUGCGUAAAACAGGGCUGGUUCUUAGUCAUCAGUAGAGGAGAUUUUGUGAAUGUGUGUUUUAUCGGCAGGAGCAACGUGGGCAAGUCGUCUCUCAUCAAAGCUCUGUUUUCUCUCACCCCUGAGGUGGAAGUCCGAGUCUCUAAAACUCCAGGUCACACAAAGAAGAUGAACUUCUUCAGAGUGGGCAAAGCCUUCACCAUCGUGGACAUGCCAGGGUAUGGACACAAGGCACCCAGAGAUUUUGUGGAUAUGGUAGAGCCUUACCUCUACACACGGAAAAAGUCUCAGGUGACACAUCUAGGGUUGUACUUCAUUGUUCAGAUGGUGGUGACAAAGAUCGACAAAUGUGGGAGUGGCACUCUGCUGACAAAUUUGCUGAACCUUCAGGAUGUGGUGAAGACAGAGACGACGAGCUGCUUCCCUCAACCGUUUCUUAUUAGCUCACUCCAGUUUGGGGGGAUUUACCUGCUGAGAUGCUUCAUCGCUCAUGUAACAGGCAGCAUCAGAUUAAAGGAGACGUCACAGAGCUGAAAAGAGGCCGACUCGGUCUCACUGAGAGGGGCAAACGGGCUUCUCUGCUACAUUUCUUUUUUUU